AUGCCUGACGGUGCUCAAGCUUGGAAAAUGAUCAAAACCCCCGGUACGCAUACCGAUCGUAUUGCUCAGGCAUGCGAUAGGUGCCGGUCAAAGAAGAUCCGUUGUGACGGGUUAAGGCCACACUGUUCGCAAUGUUUGGCUGUGGGGUUUGAAUGUAAAAUAUCCGACAAGCUCACUAGACGUGCCUUUCCAAGGGGUUAUACAGAGUCACUAGAAGACCGAAUCCGUCAGCUCGAAUCUGAAAAUAGCAGGCUAUCUAAUCUUCUCGAUGUAAAGGACGAACAGAUGGAAAUGCUUUCAAGAGUUGAGGCGGUUCAUGAUAGCAGCCCCCGUGGCAGCGUUAGUGGUGCUUCAGGAAACCAGUCUGCAGCUGUUUCCGCUAAAUCUAAUAUCAGUAGCAUUAACAACGCUCUCCCUUCAAGUUUAGGUGGCAGCAGUCAACAGCACACACAGAAGAACUUAUCUUAUGUCUCAACACUGAUACCUGAAAAGGACGACUCCAGCUCAUCCGCUUCUCCACAAUCUCCAGACGAAAAUAAUAAUGCUAUCUUUAUCAAUCACGCCAACGAACUCGGUGCAGAUGGUACAUACCGCGGAACCUCUGCAGGUGGCGUGUUUAUAUCUUCCUUCGUACAAAAGCUAAAGGUGAAGAAUCCGGAGAUUUUACCUCCUGUACAACAGAUUGCAACUGCAUUUUCACAAACCACCGAUGGAGGUAUUGUUCGCUCGGCUUUGAAGAUCUCGUCUCCUUCGUCGUCAUACUCAAAUGGCGGAGGCAGUCUACUAUCACCAGCUUCAUCGUCGUCUGAAUUGUCCAGCUCGGGCUUUUCUUCUCUAUUCCCAUCGAGAUUGAGCUGUGAUAAGCUAGUCACAGUGUACUUUCAGGAAUGGCAAUCAGUUUAUGCUAUUCUGGACCAGAGCAGGUUCUUGUCUGACUACCAGACCUUUUUCGAUGAUAUUGACGAUGAUUCAAAACCUGGCAAUGACCUACAAGCUGCUACCCUGGCGUUGGUAUUAAUUCUCGCCUGUUUGGCCAAUAAAGAAGGAACUGCUCUGACUACUGAAGAAGUGUGGAAACUAGACUCUUUGUGGAAGCGAAUUAUGUCUAAUAGACACAAACCGACACUGGGUCUUUUACAGGCUGCUUCUUUGGCACAAUUAUAUUCUCUAUACGCUGGAAACCUCGAUGAUGUGUGGUUCUAUCGAUCUAUCAUGACUUCGACUGCUCAACGUCUAGGAUUACAUCGUAGUCGGAAAGCCAUGCAUCAUGCUAAUGGUAAACCCCUAAGUGCCUAUGAAUCUGAAUUGGGAAGACGUGUGUUUUGGGCAACUUAUACUCUGGAUGUUUUUUCUAGUGCUGUUUUAGGCUCACCAAGGUUGUAUAAUGAUAGUCAGAUCCAGUGCUCGAUGCCCAAGUACAUUGAUGAAGAUGUGGUGACUGACUCAUUAGUCACACCCCCACCCAGUUCUCCUGAGAGUGUUGAUGGUGCCACCACAAAGGACAGUCUGCCAGCAUCUUGUCAAGUCAGUGUAAUUCAAUUUUCUAGACUCUUGGCUGAGAUUCUCGAUACCGUCUAUUCAACUAAUACCACCGUUCAGCGGUCGAGAACUGUGCUGAUGCUAGAAGACAAGCUUGAAUCUUGGCACAGGGAACUACCGCCUUCUCUCAAAUUCGAGUUUGUUAAUGGCUUACCUACGGCUACUCUCUGUCCAGUUCACCAGAAGUCGCCAUUACUGCUGAUGCUGUAUCACUAUGCCAAAUUGUUGAUUCACCUGCCUGCCACUGCUGAUUUCGCUAAUACCUCUACAUCGGGCUCAAUUGUAGCUGUCACACAAUCUGCUAAGACAUAUAUUCAAAUUUUCAACUACCUGAAAGCAAGAAAUGUGUCAUCGACAUUACCACUCAGUCCUACCAGAAUGAUGCUAUUCCUCGGUACCGUUGUUCUCUUCUGUGCCAUGGAUUAUUCCAAGGGAGGUGCUCUGCUACAGCAGUCUAGGAAACUUGUUUCCCAGGGUCUCGGCUUCCUUUACAACGACAUGCAAGCAGGACUCCCAGGUUCUAUCACUGCUGAAUGCUUCCAAUGGCUGGAGGAGAUCUGUGACUCUGUUCUUAAUGGGGGUCCAUCUCAGCGUAAGUCAUCUACCAGCAAUGGCAGCUCCAAACAAAAGUCCGAGUCACGAAGUCGUUCUCAGGAGAAGCAAUCUCAAAAGCAGAGAAAUUCCCCACAGCAACAACAACAUCCACAACAACAACAUCAUCAACAGCUAUAUUCACAACAUCAUUCGCAUCAACCAGACAAUCAAUAUCCUCACCAUCGCCAAAAGCAACAUCAAGAACCUCAUAAUGCCAGUCACAGAAGUUCACAUAAAUCAUCGCUUCCAGCUAGAAUCAAACUCGAGCCAUCUCCAACUGAUACUCCUACAGUUGAAUCUCCUUCGUACCAGCAGAUUAUUAUCCCACAGCAACCGAAUAUCGACUCGAGCACAUCUGCUAUGCUGGCAACUGCUACUCUGAUGGGAGUUCCUUUCCAACUUUCCGAGAAUCAGAGCGAGGAUUUGUCAGCGUAUCGAUUCAAUCCACACGACUACCAGCAACAGGUUCCAAACGUACACCCUGUGCCAGCACAAACAGCUUACUAUGCACCGGAAAAUAUGAAUACCAGCAUAAACAGUAUCGGUACCAGUAGCCCCACUGACGACUUUUUUGACACUUCGAGCUUUGAAGAUUUCGAUAUCAACUCUGUUCUCGGUCAAAAUACUGUCAAGCAAGAACAAUCUGCAUCAGGAGUUCCUACUGUGACCACAAAUACAUUCCUAGAAAACUUCAACUGGGAUGACUCCUACAAUUGGAGUACCAUGACGGUAUAG